AUGACAUUUGACCUUUAGCCACUAGAUGUGCUGCACGCUCUAAUCAGGGCUUAUUUAAUAAGGCUACAUUUUGCAUAUCAUAAUGUGGUUAAGAAUGGUAGACUGAUGUCAGUGUGAGGGAGAUAACUCCAACUCAGCAACUCAUACAGGUCACCAUGGGUCUGUAUUCAUGGCUGGAGAAGAAGGAGGGUGGAUUCUGGGGGGUGGUGGUGGUCUUUGCAGCCUUUAUGAUACAAAUCCCGUCCUUUGGAACCGCCCAGAGUUUUGGCAUAUACAACAUGUAUCUUCUGAAAUACUUCAAAGAUGCCAGUCCAGCAGCAGUGGCUCUGAUUGGGUCAAUCAAUGUAGGCGUGUUCUUAGGCUCAGGUCCCAUUGCCACUUUUCUGAUGAACCACAUGAGUCACCGCAAAGUGGCGCUCCUUGGAGCGGUGCUUAGCUCUGCUGGUUUGAUAGCUAUGCCUUUCGCUCCAAACCUCGUUUAUAUGUAUGGAUUUUAUGGCGUUUUGUCAGGGCUUGGAUUUUGCUUGGUGUAUGUUCCCUCUCAUGUUCUCUCUGGAUUAUAUUAUGACAAACAGAGAAGUCUAGCCACAGGACUGGCCACAAGUGGAUCCGGAGUUGGAGCUAUUAUCUUCCCAUUGUUAGUGAAUUUCUUGGUGGACAAUUUCGGCUGGAGAGGGUCAUUUUAUAUUAUUUGUGGACUCUGUAUGCAGAAUAUUAUAUUUGCCGGUUUGCUGCGGCCAGUUCCGAAAAAGUUACUGAAGAGAUAUCAAGAGGAGGCAGAAAAAGAAAAGGAUGGUGUCCAUGAUGAUGUGGAAGAUGGUGCAGAAAAAUCACAAAGUCAAAAGAGAAGUUCUGCAUCUGCCAUCCAGCUUCUUCCAGCAUCAUCCACUACAGAGAAAAUGAACAAUGGAGAGGAACCCUCCAAAAAAUCAGUACCUCCUUUAUCUGAACAAGAUAUCUCUUUAGACCUGACCACUCAAGAAAGUCCUACACCGAAUUCAAAUUCCGAAAACUUGGAGCAGACUGCAACAGAGAGAGAGACAGAAGCCAAAGCCAAACCAAAAGAUGAGGAGGCUACUUCACCUCCAGGUAGUCCAAAUAAAUUAGUGAAGCAGGAGAGUUCCGAUAAUGAAGAAGCUGCGUUUUGCAAGAGCAAUAACACCUCCAGGGAUAGCCUUAAUGAAGUGGAGAAGUUGGCGCUAACAAAAAAGAGCACUUGCUCCAUUCUUUGUGACUAUGCCUUCAUCAUAUUCUUUGCCAACAACAUUUUCUGGAACAUGGGAGUAGUGAUCAUUUUACUGUUUGGACCCCAGUAUAUGCUGUUCGUGGGGCUAGAUGAACAAGCCUCUGCCUUGAUAUUCAGCAUUGGAGGCAUCGGAGCAUUUAUUGGCAGCAUACUUGGUGGCUUACUGGGAAAUGUGAAGAACUUGCGGCUGGAUCUGGCUUACAUAGUCAUAACAGUGUUAACGGGAAUUACAUGCCUUAUAAUUCCUUUUCCAAUGUUUCAUUCCUUUGCUGGACUCGUCUCUCUGUACGUUGUGUUUGCUGUGAUGUCCAACAUGAUUGCUGGGUUGUUGAUCGUUGCUGUGGCAGCCAUUGUUGGGGCUGAUGCAAUAGGAACUGGGAUGGGCUACAUUAUGCUGGCCAACGGCAUUGGGAGCAUAGUUGCUCCUCCCCUUAUUGGAUGGGUGUAUGAACUAACUGGCAGCGCAGAUGUGGCGUUCUACAUUGGGGGGUCUUUCAUCAUAUUAGCUGGAUUAUUGAUCAUCCUAAUUCCAGUAAUAGACCACUUCUACAAUGAGGAAGCGAAACCCACUGGAAAGAAACCUGAGAAAAUUCAGAAAGAGUGUCUUAAUGUCUACUGCAUGUAAUUAAAAAAAAUAUCACUAAUUAUCUUUCAUAUGUAUAUGUAUAUUUUAUACAUUGUUUACAAUUUACUUUUAAAAAUAAUUUUGUCAUAAAUACUGGCAUUUAUUAUAUAUUUGGUCAACCUUAAAAAUUCAGAAAGAGUGUUUUAAUGCCUUUCACUGUUAUUUACAUGGUGUCAAAAAAAUGAAACUGUUGAGCUUUACAGUCUUUAACAUUUACAUCUUGUAUUUAUAAAUGAUUUAAUUACUUUUCAAAUCUUUUUAUGAACACUGGCAUUUAUUAGUACAUAGAUACAGGUCUGGUUUUUUAUUUAUAUAUCUUAUAUGUUUUUAAAUUUAAUUCAAUCAUUGUUAUACUUGUACAUAUGCAUGCCAAGAUAAUUUUGAAAUUUAAUACAUGUAAUUAAAUUGCCACUUUUUUAUUUUAUUCUAAAAGUUUUAUUAAGUAUUACAAAAGUUCCACAAAACCGGUGAAUUUUGUAUCGUUUAUGGGACUUUCAUAUUUUAAUUUAUGCAAGGUAUAAUUGCUUUGCUUUUGAACUGAUUUAUACUAUGUUAUACAUUCACUCAUUACAAUUCAAUCUAGUGUCUUGGAGUCUUGCCAUCCAGGAACUUUUUAUUUGAAUGAAUUGUUGUCCGAAAAUAUAAAAAAUUCAGGUGCACAGUUAAAUCAAAAAAAUUUGUUAUAAUAAUAAUUUAAAUUAUAGAUUUGUAUCAACGCUCCUUUACAAUACGGUCCAUUAAGUGUAGUGCUGUGUAGAGGAGCCGUUUUAAAAGUCUUAUUUUAGAUUAGAUUUGUUAGUAAUUUUUAUGGAUAGUUAUUUUGUCAAAAAUUUGUUCAGAGUUUUUGGUGGAUUGCUUCUAUGUAUCAGACUGUGUUGGAGAUGUUUAUUUGUCUGGGCAAGUUCCCACGUAAACUAAGCAACAAGGAAUAUUUGAUUUCACAGUUGUGUAUUUUUCACUACCUAUUGAAACUCCUUCACUCAACUUGAAGCAAUAAAAAUUGUUAUCAAUCUAUUUUAUAUAUAUAGUCAUAUUAUAUUGUACAUGUUAACUUUGCUAUUUAGAAUCAAUGUUGUAUGUGUGAUAUAUGCACUUCUAUUUACUGGUAUAUGCUUAUGUUUUAUAAAGUAAAAUAUAUCUUAUUUAUAAAUACAAUACAUUUGAAAACUCAGGGAUUUUUGAUGGAAAAAAAAAUAAACUCACACCA